AUGAUAAUUCCAACAUUAAUUAUACAUAGUAUCUAUGUGCCCCAAUGGUCUUUAGUUGAACUAACUUAUUUCGCCAUUACAACCAAUCAUUUGAUUGGUCUAGGCGAUCUUGUACCUUGUGUCGAUCUCUACGGGCAAACUCGAUCGACAUGUGCUACGAUCAUAACAGUAUAUGUGAUUAUUCAAGUAAUUACGGCUAGUCUUCUCACAAACAUGUGGUUUAUGUUUCUGCAACAGAAUCGUCAAUUCUUAUUACAACGACGGCAUCAUUCGGAUCCACUAGCUUAUACGAAUGAUAGUAAAAGGAUUACAAUUCCUGUCAAUGAUGAAUACUAUUCGAAUGUCUUUGCCUAA